AUUUUAACAAAUAAACAAUAAACAUUAUAGGAGGAAUAUGGAAUUCCAGGGCUUGUUAUAGGUGUUAAUGUUGAUGGCAAAAAUAUCUUUUUGAAGGGAUUUGGAUAUUCAGAUGUUGAAAAUUUAUUGCCAGCUCAUGAGAAAACUAUCAUGCGUAUAGCAAGCAUCAGUAAACCAGUAACACUCACUAUAUUAGCUAAGUUAAUGGAAAACGAUAAAAUAUCAUUAGAUGAAUCCAUCCAAAAAUAUGUGCCAAAUUUCCCAAAGAAAUAUGUUAACAAUGAAAAUAUAAAUAUCACAUUAAGACAAAUUGUUUCUCAUAUAAGUGGCAUUAGGCAUUAUGAUAAAGAAUGUAAAGAGAUUACAAGAAAUAAUAAAAAAAAGGAAGAGACUAAAGAUGUUAAAAAUUUACAAGUCAUACCAUUGCAAAAUGAAUUUGAUCAAUUUGAAUAUUAUUUAACUCACAAUUAUAAAUCAAUAAAAGAUGCAUUAGAAUUAUUUAAGAAUGAUGAAUUGUGCACAAAGCCAGGUACAAAAUUUUUAUAUACAACCCAUGGUUGGACAUUGAUUAGCGCAGCCAUUGAAUAUGUAACACAGGAACCAUUUCUUAAAACAUUAAGAACAUUCUUCGAGACACUAGAUAUGUCAUCUACGUUCAUUGACGAAAAUAUUCCUCUUAUACCUGAUAGAUCGAAGUAUUAUGUACGAGAUAAAGCCAGCCAAUACAAACUCAAAAAUGCUCAAUUCGUUGAUAAUUCGUACAAAUGGGCUGGAGGUGGUAUUCUCUCGAAUGUUCCCGAUUUACUAAAAUUCGGUCAAAUGAUGUUGUACAGUUAUCAACGUUGCUCGCCUUACAACAAGGUUGACAUUCCAAUAAAACCAACGAAUCUCGACAACCUUCAAACAUCGCCAUUACCUCCACCGGGUUAUUUAAAAUGCGAAACCGUUAAGCAAUUAUGGACGCCCGUCGUCAAAACGGGAUACAAGUCGCCUCUAAAUUCGUAUUAUGGUAUGGGCUGGUUCGUAAAUAAUGCGCCUGAUCAAACUAAGACAGAAAUUUUAAAUGAGCGGGAGGAUGCAGGAUACAAUGACGAUGGGCAGGAACUAGAAUUAUCUUCAGGGAUUCCUCAAGAUUCAAAAGAAAAUCUAGAGAAAAUCAAAAAAGAUUCCAGCCAAAUUCUAAACGAGUGUUACUCAUGCGAGAACAACAAAAUCGCUAGUUUCCAUCAUUCCGGAGGUGCGGUAGGAGCUAGUAGCAUAUUGGCAGUAAUGGUCGAUGGUAAGGGAGAUAAAGAACCUGGUAAAUUUGGUAAAGGGGUCAUAGUCGUAAUACUAACGAACCUGCAAGAAGUCAGCCUUACCAAAACGGCCAUACAGAUAGGGAAAUUGUAUAUGUGAUCCUUUUUUAAAAUAUAAAACAAAUACUUUUAGGAUUUUAUUGACAGUUAUUUAUAUAUAAAAUUAAAUCGAAAUUAUUAUUGUUUUAGAAUUCAUGUAAUUAUAAAUGGAUGUUUUUAUACGAGUUUUAAAAUUAUUUUGCGGCAAUUUUUUUAAAUACACGCAUAAUUAUUUUUACACCUAUCAAUCAUUUAUAACUGUUAAAUAAUUUGUCCACUGUUUAAAAAUUUUCCCGGUCCUUCUUUUCUGGCUAGAUCUAAUUCUAGCAAAAUAUC